UUCGUGGCUCCUUUUUGUAGAGGCAUCAUCAGCCGCUGCCCAGAAAGGCUGAGUGCUCACCCUCUUCUAUUAUUCACAAGCUCGCCUUGUUUAGUGCACAUUGACCACAACAGCAAUCGACAAUAUGUAUUUCCCCGUAAACGCAUUUCUCUGGUGCACUGGACUGGCCGCUAUUCUGUUGACGGUCCGGAUGUCCCCGUACUAGUAUAUUCAUUCAGCUGCAUGGAAUCUUCUAAAUCGGCGUGGGUACAUCCGAGUCUCCUUGGGUUCGCAUUUUAUUUCCAAUUGCACUCUCAAAGGUCUCCGUGUGGUUCUUGAAUCGAGUGAGGGAUAUGCGACAUGAAGAUACCGGCGAUGUGGAUUUCAUUGACACGCAAUUGCUCAUCCCAUUUGGUGGCAGUGCGCGGUCUCCUUGCUCCGGCGAAUCGUACGGGGCUGCAUUACGCCACCGAUACGAUGGGGGGGAAGAGCAUCCGAUGGAUUCCACGGGCACGCCACAGCAGCCGCCCAAGGGAAACUACUUCCACGAUGGGAGGACAAAAAUUGAUUUUAUAUUGGUGUGGGAGGAGAAGGUGGGUGAGGCGAGGAAGCGAAGGGGGAGCCGGCGGUACCACGAGAUGGAGCGGCAGGACAUCGAGAGGCAGAUGGAGCGCGGCAGUGGCCAGGACAAACAGGGACGGUGGCGCACCAAGUUCCUGACCAACCUGGAGAAGUCGGGCUUACUCAUGGAGGAGGAGGUGACGGUGAGCGAAAGGAAGAACAUUCACUACAUGAAGUUGAGCGCCCCUUGGGACGUCCUCGUCUACUACGCUGAGGAGCUGUGCAUGCGGGCGCCUCUGCAGGGAAGCCCAAACACGAUUGAGAAUUGGUCUGAGCGGUUGCUUGGGCGUCUGAAAAUCCCAAACAUUAUGCAAGAGGACGUCCCCAACCGACCCCUGGGUUACUACACCUGCCAGUUCCGCAAGUCAAAACUCAGCAGGUUUCUAGGGAGCGAGAAUCACGACACGUAUUUCACCAACACUCAGCGUCAACGCAUUAUGUACGAGAUCCUGGCGCGGACGGCCUAUGGCAAGCGCAAGAGGGCGGAAAUUGGCAUCGACCGACUGCUUAGCGAGGACGUGUACAGCGCAGCCUUCCCCCUGCACGAGGGCGUCUUCGAGAAGCCAAACCAUGCCACGUCGCCCGAGCAGCUCAACCCGCGACAGAUUCUGUUCUUGUACUGGGCGCGCUGGGGCUGCUGGUACAAGUACCAGCCGCUGGACCACAUCCGAUCCUAUUUCGGCGAAAAGAUCGCCAUCUACUUUUCCUGGCUGGGCUUCUACACCGGCUGGCUGCUGCCCGCGGCCGUAGUGGGCACGCUCGUCUUCCUCACCGGCCUCAUGUCCAUGAGCACCAACACUCCCGCGGAGGAGAUCUGCAGCAGUGGACACAAGUUCCUCAUGUGCCCGCUGUGCGACGCGUGCACCGUGUGGAAGCUCUCCGACAUUUGCCCCAUGGCCAAGCUGGGCUACCUCUUCGACCACCCCGGCACGGUCUUCUUCAGCGUCUUCAUGUCCUUCUGGGCCGUCACCUUCCUCGAGUACUGGAAGAGAAAAAACGCCAUCCUCGCUCACCACUGGGACUGCAUGGACUUUGAAGAGGAGGAGGAGAGGCCUCGGCCGGAGUUUGCAGCGAUGGCGCCGAGCAUGGAGCGGAAUCCCAUCACGGGGGUCAAGGAGCCAUACUUCCCCGAGCGAGACCGCCUCUCCCGCAUCAUCACGGGCACCAUGGUCAUCAUACUCAUGCUCUCGGUGGUGAUGAUUUUCUUGGUCACGGUGAUUAUGUACCGUGGAAUCGUCAGCGUGGUCAUGUACAAGACGGGCAAUGCGGUGCUCAUGACCCAGGCAGCGAACAUCGCCAACAUCAGCAGCUCGAUGGUGAACCUGAUCCUCAUCCUGGUGAUGGGCCAAGUUUACUCGUCUCUCGCCGAGCAGCUCACCAAGUGGGAAAUGCAUCGAACACAGACGCAGUAUGAGGAUGCCUUCACCUUCAAGGUUUUCGUCUUCCAAUUCGUCAACUUUUACUCCUCUCCGUUCUACGUGGCCUUCUUCAAGGGCCGGUUUGUGGGUUACCCUGGCCACUACAAGAAGCUGCUGGGCACCAGGAAUGAGGACUGCGGGCCCGGAGGAUGCCUCAUUGAGCUGGCGCAGCAGCUCAUCAUCAUUAUGGUGGGGAAGCAGGUGAUCAACAAUAUCCAGGAGUUCGUAUUCCCGAAGAUCAAGGCGUGGCUGCAGAAGCGCAAGCUGGCCGCGCUGCGUGGCUCGCACGUGGCGCCGGAGUCAAGCCGUUGGGAGGAGGACUACGAACUCAUCCCGUGCGAGGGCCUCUUUGAGGAGUACCUCGAGAUGGUGCUGCAGUUUGGCUUCAUCACGAUCUUCGUGGCGGCGUUCCCCCUCGCGCCGCUCUUCGCGCUGCUCAACAACUGGGUCGAGCUGCGUCUGGACGCCCAGAAGUUUGUGUGCGAGUACCGGCGUCCGGUGGCCGAGAGGGCUCAGGACAUCGGGGUCUGGUUCAACAUCCUCGACGCCCUCGUGAACAUCUCCGUCAUCAUCAACGCUUUCCUCAUCGCGUUCACGUCCAACUUCUUGCCAAAGCUGCUCUACCAGUACACGUACGACAGGAACCUGCGAGGGUACAUCAACUUCACGCUGUCGUACGCUCCCGAUGACUACGUUGUCAACAACUACACACACUGCAGGUACAAGGACUAUCGAGACCAGGAUGGAAAGCACACCCUCUUUUACUGGAAGCUGCUCGCCAUACGCCUGGGGUUCAUCAUCGCGUUUGAGCAUGUAGUGUUCUUCAUCUCCCGCAUGAUCGACUGGCUGGUGCCCGAUGUUCCCGAGUCUCUGGAGAUCAAGAUGAAGAGGGAGCGUUAUCUUGCCAAGCAAGCCCUGGCCGACAAUCAGGAAAAACUUCUGGUGCAUGGCCUUCUCCACCCAGCUGCAUGAGCGAGUGGAACGAAGCUAAUCAAAGCGGCUGCACAGCUCCCUCCCUCUGCUCUCUGGCAAAUUGCAUACACAUGUGGAGCGAACGUCCAUCUCUCCCUCCCUCUCUCGCUGCCGUGAAGUGUCCUCGGCUCCACCGCACGGCUCCCAAGCCAAACGGAGAUCCCCGUGAACAGCGCAGCGUUCUUGACCUUGGCGAACGUUGUCCACCCCCUCCCCUCUCCUACUCCUCCACGCUGCCGCACUGCGAAUGAUCGAGGCCAGCUAUGAAAACGACGACGAGCAGCAGCAGCAGCAACGUCUCCCGGACACUACGUGCACGCUGUAGAGGAUAUAUGUAUGUUGAACUUCCUUUGCGACUUACGUAGGCAACCAUGGCUAAUCGGAGGUGCGGAGGGAAGGACAAACUCAACGCAAAAAAAGCAGUUCUAAAUAAACUCGUUUUAAAAAGUUUUUUUUAAUACGGUUUUAUUAACAACUUCAUUUAACUCGCGGUUGUAAAGUGCGUGAAUUGCGCCUGAGACACGUGGCGCCUGCGUUUUGUGCGAGCCGAUUCCACAGUUUAGAGACCGCGGCGUUUUUGACCUACACAAAUAUAUAUAAUUAAUAAGGCGUCCAUACAAAAAUUGAAAUUGCUUGAAAGGAGGCAAUUAAUUGAUGAAUUGAUGCCGAUUUUAAUACAGGCACGCAUUGUCUCCGGAUCUGAGUACGUGUGCAAAAUGUGGAAUUGAUUGGACAACGUGAAGUGGACGAAAUUUUGACUACAAGAUUUGACCACGACAAACAGAGGAAUCACGUUAAGUAAAACCGUUGAAAAAAAUUGUUUUCAAUCUCGAGUUAGGUUCCUUCGAUGGUGGAUAGGGACGCAAACGUAGCGUGAGGAUCGCCACGUUUUUUGCCGAUGUUUGUCGGUCGCGCUCGAUACGCACUCCGCCGAUUUAACAUUUCGCCGGACGCAGCCAUUGCUUCGAGUGGUCGUCUUCUCGCGUUGCACUCAAUUGUUUAAGGCACCCGUCCGUAAUGUCGUCAAGAUGCAAUGGGUGCGCGUUACAUUUACACAGGUGGGUUCGUGAAUGUUAAGCUCUACGGGUCGAUUUUAAACACGAUCACAUUUGUCUCUUACUGCUGCGUAGUUUGUCACGGUUGUGCUCCGCAUCUCUUCUACGUGUUUUCAGGUCGUACCUGCGCGUCAUUCGGCAUGUCCGACGUUUCGCUGCACGUUCCGGGCGCUUCUUCAGCAGCCAAUCGGAACUGUUCAGUGCCUGAAGAAGCUCCCAGCACGUGGAGCGAGCAAGUUUAGGCGUCAUGCCAAGCAACACGCGGUACAACCCGAAAACAAAUGGGAUGAGAAUUCCUUCGUUGUACCUUACUGCUACGACAAACGAGGAAGAAGUGAUGGAAUGUAAUGCUUGGCAUUUUCCCACGUGUGCAAGUCAAUUGCACUGUUGUACAUUCGGUGAAGAUUAAGGCGCAGCCCUGAAAUGGCUUGCUCGCACCGCUUCUGACGCAAGGGGGCCUCCCCUACUUAAAGGAUCUUGAGAGAGAGCCCUGAAAGAGAGUACCUGGCCUCCUCUUACACGCUAAACAUUACAAUGUCACUAAAAACAAACUGAUGGGGGGGGGGGGGGGUCACAAUAAAUCAAGACUUGUAGCAGGAAUAUACUUCAAUUAGCAUAAUUAUAUGAGAGAUGUGUACAGGAGCGACUCACUCUGUGGAUUAUCCACAUGGUCAUUUCAGUAUAAAUUCCUAUGGAUAUUUUUAAUUCUAUAUUUUACAAAUAUAUAGCGAGUGCAUGGAAAGCCAUUGUGAAAAUAAAAGAGUGGAAGUCUGUGUGUGGUGGAGGCGAUUACUAUUACAAAAAAAAGAGGUCACCCAGAGGUCAGAGUGCAAAACUGCCACCUUAGUCUGGGUUCGAUUCCAGGCAGCUACCUGCGAUUAAACUGGGUCCUAAAGUGUAGCGAGUUGAUGUUCUCAACCCGGCCACCAAAUGACUGCACACACAAAACACCAUCACGACAUUCAAUUUGGCUUUGCACUUCAAUUUGGCCAAAUUCCAGCUCUGGGAAUUAAAAUAUAGUUUUUUUUACCGUCACGCUACGAACAUCGUUCCUCGUUUGCCCCUACUGUGUGGACCCGGAGGUCACUUGAAUGGAUCUCAGACGUAACUCUGUGGGACCCACUUCCACGGGCCGUAAUCCCACACGAAGAGUUGCACUGCUCUGCGAGGGAUAUGAAAAUAGACUUCGUCUCGGGACAUGAGGCUCAUAGCACAAUCGGGAUAAAAAAAAACAUUCGGGGGAAAAUUACAAAAAAAGAACGGACAAAAAAAAGAACGGACGAAAAAGCAUCCGAGGUUAAGAUGAGGUCACAUACAGGUUUUACUUUUUGAUUCGAAGCUUUCGUGACUGCAAAGAAUCCAUACUCGGGUUCUUUCGGUAAAGUCACGUAGAUAUAUAUAUAUAUACCUACGUGACUUUACCGAAAGAGUUUUCCUUUGCUUUAUCCGGGUUCGGUUUGUGCGAUUUCGCGUAAAUGCGGCCAACCAACGUAGACUCAGAACUCACUUCGUGCGGUUUGAAUUCACUCGUUAUGCAGCUAUGUGGUCGGAUGUGGUGGGACAACAUUGUGUGUGUACUCGGCAGGCAGCUGUCUCGUGCGGUGCAUUAUGGCUUGAGUGACUUGUGGUCUAUGCUAUGCGAUUUCUGCUUUGUGCGCCCCAUCUUUUUUAAAACGCAUCUACCGCAUUCAACGAAGAAACCCUGUGCAGGGAGGACACCAGGUGUAUAAGAGCGACAGAGCCUGCGUGGUAUAUUCUGAAAGUGUUUUUGUCUGUUGCGAGGCAAGCAGUGUUAAUACCCUGUACUCUGAAUCGCAUUAACGCAGUUUAGGAUGGUGCAAUACAUUAAUAUGAAAUUGUGUGCAUUUUAAAUGUUAAGAUAAUAAAACCUGUAGAAAUGUACUAUGAACAACGGGUAACGUGAGAAAACAAUUGUAUGUAAUAGAAGUAAUUAAGGUUUGGCUGCACUUUCCAUCAAUAGUUAAUUGUGUUGAAUAAUAUAAUUAUGGUUCACAAAGGGCUUCACUGAACAUCAACGCUAUUUUUUUCCCCAUGACGCUUUGUGAUGUUUGACCAACAGCCACGGAGGGAAUGACACUUAAAAAGGAAACACACGGACCACGCUGCAGAAUCACAAGUCGAAACGCCUUAUCCAAACAAUCUGGACCCAUAUAGGGUAUUUGAGAAGAGGGGGUCAUGAUUAAUUAGGAGUGGAACUAUUUAUCGAUUUGUCAGUUGAUUGAUUCUUCAGCUUACGAUACAUGCAUUGAAAAUAUUCUUUACGAUCUAGCCUGUAGACACCAAUCAAAUUAAAAGCGGUCGGCCGCGGUGGCGAGAUGUUAACUGCCUCGCCUGGUAUAAAUGAGGUUGUGGGUUCGAUCCCGAUGCCUGCUGUAUAUUUGGAGUUUGCAUGUUGGUUUUCCCCGUGGUCAUGUGGAUUUUUUUCUCCGGGUCCUCCAGUUCCCCCCCCCCCCCCCCCACCAUUUAGAAUCAACAUGCGUUUAGAGUUUGUGGCUGUUAUACAUUUCCACAUAAGGCACUUCGACUAUCAUGUGGCUAGGUCGCUUUUGAAAAAAAUCUAUAUAGUUCAGUGGGCCUUACCCGGUAUGUUUUAUUUAGCGUAUAGUUUAUAGCAAUUAUAAUGAUGCAUAAGAUGUCAGUAAGAAAGCCCACACUUGUAAACUAAUUCCUGCUGUAACAAAACUAAUAAUGAAAACAAUGAAAUUCAUUUAAGGAUCUUUUAAGACAUUUCGCUCUUCCUCCUAACUUACCAAGUAUGACAAUUUAUUUUUGUGGUGGCUUACAAGGGUUGGCAAAAUGCAGGACUAUGCAACAUCAGGUUUCCCUGGGGUAUCUUUUACGAAAUGUUAACCAGGUUGCACGGUCAUUGAGAUUCACUAUAUUUUGUAAAGGAGACGUUAACAUCCAUAUGUAUUCUAAAAUAUUAGCUUUUUACGCAACUUAACUGCAGGUAAUUUACCAUGUUGAGUUUGUGGUUAUUAUUCUGGGCAAACGACGGUCUUCGCGUUCAGACCAAGUUGCAAGGGAACGUCAACGUCCAUUUCACGUCGGAAAAGCCAACAACUCUUCUUUAACGGCCUCCCGAUCUUGCCAAGUUGAAACGGAAUCACGCUUGUGGGCAACUUGAUUCAGUGACAAGCACACUAAAGGUUCGGUAACCAAACCUAGCCCGCCCCCAUGCCUUUCCAUGCAUGCAUCACCUCUCAAGGAGGUAGAACAACCCGCUAAUCCAUAAUCUACGCAGCGAAAUAACGGGGCAAUGUGCACAGCAACGAGUGUUAGCCUCGUGAGAACAGACGCAGAAGGCGCGUCAUCGCGCAGUAUACUUGUAUAUAUACAAAUUCGAACAUGGAAGUAUGCUGGGAUAUCUAUGCAAGCGGCAUGCUGGUCAUCAUUCUAAAUUGCACGUGCGCAAAACGAAUGCUGCAAUAACAAAAGACAUGCACUAACCGGGGUUACGACGUAAAUAACGGACGUCGUCGGAGAACUUAAAUGAUGAAAUCGUGUUUUUUAUGCUUUGUAAUAUUAGGUAUGGAGAUGGGCAACAAUCAGGACCUUUCGCACGAGACGGACUAAACGUUGGACACACAUUUCUCAUUUUUGGGCACGUUCGCAUUAGCGCCGUCAUACGGAAUGUGCACAGCGAAACGUUUACUCUGUUGAAUAAAACGCGACUGUAAAUUGCUACGUAAUAUCCGCGAUAUGUACAUUUUAAAGAACGGCCGUUUCCUAUAAGCAUGCAAAACAUUGAUGCAAUGUAAAUUGGCCAAAUUAUUAUAGUAGAUCACUGGUGGUUUUUUUUUUAUCUUGAAGCUUUAGACAUAAAUCCGCGAUGGUCGGCAACAAAAAGCACUUUUUAGUUUCUAACGCGAUGCAAAUGAUAAGGGUGGUUUGCAUACGGCGGCAUUGUAACUAACAUACGCAUGUUUGACAUGUAAAACCACAAUUUUACGCUUUGAGAAUUGCCUUGUGUGUGCAUGA